AUGGAUGUGAAUCUGAAUCCGGAUGUUAUUACUGAGGUGUGGCGGAGUAUAGAGGAGAAAACUCCAUUUGAUGAGUGCAUGAAUAUUGAUCCGAAAUCAAUGAAGGAGCUAUGUUCUGUGUUGGAAGAAUUGAAUCGAUUGACGAAAUAUGAUGAUCCAAAUUCUGUGCUGGAAGGGACCAAUUUUUCUGAGUUGAACAAGCAACAUAUGCUACGUUUAUGGCAUGCAAAAACGAUUAAUGAUAUGAAGUGGGGUAUUGAUGUGGUAAUAGCUAAUUCAAAUAUUCGGAAGAGCCUACAUCCGAAGAUUUGGUUGGUUGUUGAUGGACAGGAAAUUGAAAUGAAUCUGGAAGUUUUUGCUAAAUUAAGGUUUGAUUAUAAGGAGCUCCCACUGAACAAUCAGGCUUUCGCACUUCAGAUGCCAUUUUUGGAAAAAAAGCAAAAAGAAAUGGAAAAGAAAGAAUGCGAAUUUGGAGAGAAAAGAAUAAAACGCCUGUGUAGUAAAGAAAUCUUGGUAGAAAUCGGUGGAAGAAAUAAUAACUAA